GAGACGUGGAAACAACAUGCCAUUGCCAUUCCGGUUUCACACCCGUCAAAACAAACCGGUGUUGCUUUGCUCUUUUGUUGGAAUGGUCAUUGUGUCGGUUUUUGCUGCUGCAUGGUAUCGACAAUCAAUUUCUUCGGUGCAAUCUGCGCCCAGGACGAUGACUACGAAUUUGCAAACGUCACAAUCCUACAGCAGCACCAUGCCUUUCCAGUUCAGAUUUCAGAUUUGCAACGGAUUGACAAACCAGAAACUUCAAAUACUUGACGGGGUGUUGGUGGCCCUUUUCUUGGGGGCACAAAUCGUUCUGCCAAAAAUGAUUGCAUUGAACGGUGCCCAGUUUCUGUCAAUUACAGAUAUGAAUAUGCAACCUACAGAUCGCAUCUUCAAUAUGCGACGUUUCGAGAAUAAAAUUCAACAAACGUAUUCAAAUUUUUGGUGUCGCCGGAGAGAACACCAAGCUUUCAAAAUUUGGUGUUCAGACAAUCCUCCACCUGCCAUUUUGUAUGAUACCAACAUUGACAUCAAAAAUGUUAACGUUGAACAUCUAAAACUGAAACCUGAUGAAUGGGGGCAAAAUGCACUUACGGACAUUGGAGAUGCGGCUUUCAUGCGAAUAUUUGAGGACAAACGUUUCAUCAUGGACAAAUCAAUUUUGCGGAUAACAGAACCUUGUGAAUUUUGGUUCAAUGUCAAAGUCAAAGAGGGGACUGAUUUUUGGGAUGAAUUUUGGAAAAUACAAGAUGUACUGGAGUUCAAUGAUCAGAUUGUCGAACUCGGUGAAAAUGCCAAACGAAUUUUUCUGCAUAACUUUGGUGGUGUUGCACGGGCAAAAGCAAAAAAACACGGAUACAAAGUUGACGACGAAAGCAUUCAGCAUGGUGGAUUUCAUGUUGUUCACCUUCGGGCAGAAAAAGAUUGGCAGAAUCAUUGCGAGCGGUGGUUUUCAUGGAUUGACCGCAGGGACAAUUGCAUGAACAAUACAUGGCAUAUUGGGAAUGUAUUGCUGUCAGAGGGCAUUUCUCCAGCUCUCCCCGUUUAUUUGGCAACUGGUCUUUCAGAGACUGAUGUGCGAGACCUUCGCAACAUCCCUUCGAUGCACAGUUUUUUCAACAUCUACACAGUUGUGACCAAAGCCAUGCUCGGAUUGACUACAGAUGUGGGCGAAGAACGGGAGUAUUGGGCUGCUGUAGAUUUUAUUUUGGGACGGGAUGCAGAAUGGUUUGUUGGGAACAGCAUUUCCACGUUUUCAGCACUGAUGAUGGAAUUUCGGGCCCGGCGGAAGAUGCCGGUGCUGCCUUAUAAUGCAGGAAAAAUGGCUUUGGAAGAGAUCGAUUGUAUUCGGCCAAACAAAAUGACCCUGAUUCCUCCGGUGAGGCCAGUGAUAAAGUGGUUGUUCAUUCUACCACAGAAUGUUGAACAAUACGAUGUGGUUUACAACAUGACAAUGGCAGCUGUGAAUAGUGCACUUUCAAAAACACGUGUAGUACCGGUCUGUGUGACAACAGCUGAUCCGUAUUCGGCCAUUGUUGUCCGUUUGGCAUCAAUGGGCGUACGGAUUAUCCACCAUACACCGAAAUGGACGCGGGACGUCAACAGAAUGGUUGAACGUUGGAAUAGCGUCGGUGAACGUUCUUUUUUCCAGUACUUUCGCCCUCUUAAAGCAGAAGAAGUUAUAGCGCGAUGGCUACGUAUUGACUUGCCAAUGUUGGGCCUUCUAGAUGAUUUUGCCCUUUACACCGACGUCAGUGUGGUAUUUACCGAUGAUGUGAAUUGGAUGGAUUUGCUUGGGGAGAACCACUUGAAUCUGGCUCGCUCCAUGGAAAGGAAGAUGUUCCCUGGCCCUUUUUUCAACAAUUAUGCUCCUCCUGGCAAGCUUGGGGUGCCAAGAUUCUUCGCUGUUCCCGACAGCAAGAACACCAGACAUUCUGGUGUCAUGUUGAUGAAUCUGAAAAAUUUGAGGCAAUCCUACAGUGAAUUCAGUGCGUUUGUGAUCAACGAAAAACAACUUCUGAAGAUCGAUGGGGUUGACCCGUGUUCUUACCUUGAAUUUUACGAAGAAACCUCAUUGCCCUUACGUGUCGGUUGGAAACCGCACCAACCAGAAAACAACAGUGUUUCCCUUGUUCAUUUUUACGGGCCAAAUUGUCAGGUGGACAUUUUUCCGUAUCUACGAACAGGGCAUGUGAGAUUUGAAUUGUACCGAGGAGAUUUGGAGAUGUGUGCUCAAGAACGAAGUUGCGCCCAAUUGUGCAGGCAGUAUGAAAAUUAUUUGAACGACGCAUCGGACACUUGAUUCGCUUGUACAAACCAAGCUGAAAAGGAAUAUCUGGAUCUCGCAUGCAUCAAAACAAACAUAUUUUCUGUCAAAA